CACCACAACUCAACGCCACGAUGUCGCUACAAGAAGCCCUUGCUAACUGUAAUUCUUAUGAUAAAGAUAUUCCAUGGAGAAGGAUAGCUAAACAACAUGGUGUUGUGCGCUCAACGUUCACGCGAACUUACCGACGCGAGACACAGCCGCAUCAACACAAGAUCAUUGCACAGCAACGGCUUACUCCACAACAAGAGGAGGAGCUUGUCUCCACCAUGAGAUAGCAGGCCUCAAAAAGGUCCUUAAGACUUAGAAGAAUAUAAGAAUAAGAGAACAACCCUAGACUUCAACAAGCAACCCCUAUAAAACGUUGGUGGAGCAGAAUUCUGCUCCCCAAGCCGAGUUAAGAGAGCCCGCGCCUAUGAGAGGACUAAACAAUAAAACAAGGAGGCA